AUGCGUCCGUAUUCUUGUCUUAUGUAUGUGGGUCUAUGCAUCCGUAUCCCCUUGUUAUGCAUUUUUGUGUCUAUACGGUUAAUAUAUGUGAUUCAUACGUCCGGAUCCCUGUUAUGUAUGUGGACCUGUGCGUCCGUAUUCUUGUAUUAUGUGGGUCUGUGCAUCGUCCCUUGUUAUGUAUGUGGGUCUAUCCACUUGUUAUGCAUUUGUGUCUAUAUGGUUAAUAUAUGUGAUUCUAUGUCCGAUCCCUGUUAUGUAUGCGGACCUAUGCGUCCGUAUUCUUGUCUUAUGUAUGUGGGUCUAUGCAUCCGUAUCCCUUGUUAUGCAUUUGUCUAUACGGUUAAUAUAUGUGAUUCUAUGCGUCCGGAUCCCUGUUAUGUAUGUGGACCUAUGCGUCCGUAUUCUUGUCUUAUGUAUGUGGGUCUAUGCAUCCGUAUCCCCUUGUUAUGCAUUUGUGUCUAUACGGUUAAUAUAUGUGAUUCUAUGCGUCCGGAUCCCUGUUAUGUAUGUGGACCUAUGCGUCCGUAUUCUUGUCUUAUGUAUGUGGGUCUAUGCAUCCGUAUCCCCUUGUUAUGCAUUUGUGUCUAUACGGUUAAUAUAUGUGAUUCUAUGCGUCCGGAUCCCUGUUAUGUAUGUGGACCUAUGCGUCCGUAUUUUGUCUUAUGUAUGUGGGUCAUGCAUCCGUAUCCCCUUGUUAUGCAUUUGUGUCUAUACGGUUAA